AUGCUAUCGAAGGUGGAGACGUCGAAAUGGUUGGAGCACCACUUCGGCAGCGACUCGCGCUCGUCCAAGGGCUCCCUGGACGACGAGGCCGACCUGCCGGCGGCGGGCACCACCAACACCAGCUUCAUCAACGUCACCAUGAAGUCGCGGCCCAUCGCCGCUAAGGCCACGGCUUCGGCCGCGCCCUUCAACGGCGGCGCGCCGCUGGCCCCGCCGCCCAUCGUCACGGCCGCACCGGUCGUCGCCGCCGCCGCCCCUGCGCCCAAGCCCUUCGCCCCCGCGGUCGUCACCGCCCCCGCGGCGGCGCGCGUCUUCGUCUCGUCCCCGGAGCCAGACGACCCCUCGCCGCCCCCGCCGCCCGCGCAGCCCUCCGCCGCCGCCAACGGCUACUUCCAGGGGGUGUCUGAGUGGUCAGAACGCAACCACUCCACGUCGACGACCUCGCGGGAGGUGAAGACUUCUGGCCUGCGCCCCGACCGAGUGCAAGUCCUUCCCACGGGGCCCAACCACACCUUCGCCAAACCGAUUGGGUACUCGGAGAAGACGACCGUGUACAAAACCAGCAGCAGCAACAGCCGGUCGUCGCCGUACCCUGGCAGCUCGCACGCCAACCCGGACCGCAGCCUUUCGUACAUGAACGGCAGCCCGGGUCGAAACUCGCCGUACGCCAACGGCCGCCACUCGCCCGCGCCCUUCGCCACCCACGCGCGCGACCCUUCGCCCUACGGCCACCCGCACGCGCGCGACCCUUCGCCCUACGCCAACGGCCGCCACUCGCCCUACAACCACCGCGACCACCGGGAGCACCGCGACCACCGCGACCACCGCGAGCACAGAGAGUACAGGGAGCACCGGGAGUACAGGGACCACUCGCCCUACAACGGACGGCACUCGCCCUACCUGCACCAGGGCGGGCGUGCGUCGCCAGCGCCGGCGCCCACCCCGUCGCCCCUGGCGGGCAAGAGCAUCGUGCAGCGCGGCCUCACUCGCACGCCCGGGGGCUCGUCGCUGGACGAGGACGGGCUGCAGCCGCCCGCCCGCAGACGCAGCCCCACGCGCCUCAGGUUCAGCGACCGCGACGAGGUAUACCAUCCUACAAUACGCAUGAAGAAAAUUAUUUCUAAUGAAUUGAUCGAACAAUGA